AUGUCGCUCCUGCCUAUGUGCGCAGACAGCGCCCGCCACUGGCACCGUCACUGCCUCCUUGUGAGUCUCCCACGCCAGCGUGUGCGAUGCUCCGGGACAAGAGGCGGUGCCUUACUCAUCCGGAUCCCCCAGAUCCGGGCACGAGGCCUGACACAGAGAAGGUGCUCCCUCCGCCAGCGUCGCCCGGGGGGUUCGGAAGGGGCGAUAGGUGGGGAUCGCUUUGCUACAGCGGCACCUCGUGGUAGACCUCGGAAGUGCAGCAGGAAAGGGACCUUGGGGCUAGGGGCGGGGGUUUCCCUGGCUUCGGGCGUCCUCUCUGGUCCAAGUCUGAGGCGCUCUCUCGCCCAUCCACUCCAGACCGCACCUUGCCCAACGGCGGUGCUCAACCUGGGUCGAACCGGCGGUGCUCAACCUGGGCCGAACCGGGGCAGCCUCGACGAUACAGAAGCGACUGCAGGACCCUCGCCCCCUAGAACUGCGGUCGUGUCAUCAGGGGAAGGGGCCCGGCCCAGAACCCCCAAAUCCUGGUCCUCGGCUGGGCCUCAUACUGGGCGAGACUGCCCGCGGGACCUGGAGGACGGAUCUCCUCACCCGCACCCACCCUCCCGCGCCGCCGCCCCUCCAGUGCCCUCGCGGGGCGUGCCGGGCUGGGCUGGGCCGGCUCCGCAGGGGGAGAGAGGCUGGGGCGCAGAUCAGCUGAAAUCAAAGCCGCCGCUCCCCGCCCCGCCACGCCGCGCCCCUGCCGAGCCGCCGCGCACCUCCUCCUUUGUCACAAUGUUUUUCAAUCCGGUGAAGCAAACUGUCCAAUUAGAGCCGGGGCCUCCGGCUUCCAUCUUUGCCGACGUUUAA